AUGGCCGACAAACUCCGCGCGCAACAACAGCUCGAAGCGCUCCAGUCCCGCUACGUCGGCACGGGGCACGCCGACACGACAAAGUUCGAAUGGACGUCCAACAUCGCGCGCGACAGCUACGCGUCCUACGUGGGCCACCCUCCGCUGCUCCAGUACAUGGCCAUCGGGCUGGGCGAGCCCAGGGAGAAGGUUAGGCUGCAGAUGGUCGAGAAGAUGGUGCAGCCGGUGGGGAAGCCGCCGGCGGUGGAGGAUUGA